UCAAUUGAUUCAAAACAUAACCUAAGGAAACAUCUACAUCUGACCACACAAGAGUUCAUAAAAAAUCAGCAUGUUCGCUGAGCCCAGCUACCUUGGGUCCUUUGGACUGGAAGACCUAAGGCUCCUAAAUGACAAACUGAAUGCCGAGGUAGUUGAGCGAGUGAACGAUACACAGGAGCUGGUGAUGCUCAACAACUUCGCGCACGAGAGCAACGAGUUUCAGUUCAAGAAGUGCUUGCAAGAGAGGAUAUCAGACAUCGCGUCCUGGCGCUGGGUGCUGGAAGACCUGACGAAGCGGCUGUCAGAAGCAUCGGCUACUCUCGAGUAUGAACUGAAUGCUUUACACGUGGUCGUCACCAGGCUGAAGAAUGAAAUAGAAGUACAUUCGCAAGACAGGAGUAGACCUGGAGUCCUGAGUCCGCUGUCCGAUAGCGUUGAAGAUGCUAUCUUGCAGGAAUUUGAAUUCCUCCGCGAGCAAAAGAAGAGUUUCGAGAAGAUGACAAAAGUUGUAGAGGUGCAGAUUGCUGCUAUUGAUAAGACCAAGAAGAGGAUAGCAGCAGAUAUCCUGCAAAAAGAUCAGGCGCUGACCGUGGAGGAAGGUUGUGGGAAGAUCACUUGUGCGAUGCCAAGUAAAUGCGAAUGUGUACCAAAGCGAAGUAAAAAAAAGAGAAAGGCAUCACCAGUCACCCGCUGGGAGAGGCGCUGCGUUAUGUUGAAGACGGCUGGUCUGCGGGCCCUCAGUAACGCCAUUAUUGCUAGACAACAGGUGCGUGGAGCGAGGGUUCACCUCUCCAUAACCGCGCAAGCAUACGGUGCAAGAGUAGACGCGGCGCUACGAAGACGUUUGAACUCAAAUAAGGUGAAGUUGCAAGAUAUCUACUGGCAGAAAGAAGAGGCGAUGCGCGACUACAAAGCUCUAGAAGAAGAAUUGACAACAACAGAGCAGAAUCUUCUAGAAACGAUGGAACAAGAGCGUGUAGUUGAGGCAAGAAUAGCUGACCGUUCUAAGCGGCCCCCUGGAGAAUUCACCAGGGACGAGGUGGAUAGGAAGCUAAGGGAUGAGCUGGGAAGAUUGAGGAACUUCACCAAACAGUUGAAAAACAACCAUGAUAGGAUCAUUAAUCUGCAACACCACUUAACGGACUGUAUGACACGAAUCGACUGCUGUGCCGAAGACAUCUUGCGUGUCCUUCGUUUAGACAACGAUAGGGUCGCUCAAAGGCUUGGAGAGGACCCUACGGAAUUGCCACCGCCACCUCCAGUCACUCCCACCAUGACUAUGACCGUGACACCGGCCAGUGACAGUGCAGAAAACCUGCCUCUAGAAUGCGGAUGCGAUCCUGACUAUGACGACUCGUGCCCAGAGACAGAUGUGUACAAUGACUCAUCAACGAAAGCUCUCCUCGAAGCAUCUUUGCAGUGCAUUCAAGAAGAAGACGAAGACUACGAUGAAGACUACCCUUUUGAAGAUUAAUUUAUUAAAAAGCAAGUUCAUGUGGUAGUCCUUUUAAUUCUAAAUCAAAACACAGUUCGAAAAAAUGAGUUACGUAAAUUAAUUCCAAUGCUUUCUAUAAAAGCGACGAUUGAGCAUCAAUUUAAUUUUAUCCGUCGUAGAUUAGAUUAAAAAUUUCGCGUUUUCGAUCAUACCUAAUUACCUACUUACUAAUGACACUUACUGGGUUGCCAACUAUUCGAAUAUAACGCUAGAAAAAUUACGAGUCGUUUCAGUAUUCAUUUGAUUGGUAUGAAAUAAAAACAUUGUCCCUGUAAAUUAAAUGUAAGGAUGUCUCUUUUUUAAUAAAAAAAAUACAAUGGUUCUUUUAAUCAUAUUUAUUUUGAAAAAAAUCUAAUAACUAAUUUAACAAUAUCACAAAUAAAAAGUAAUUGUCCCAAUGAAAAAAAUUAAAGUAUCCAAAAACAAUAUUAUACAGUGUUUUUAUGUUGAUAUCUAAAAAAAAUAA